UGUUGGGAAGCGAUCGAGCAUCCAGCGUGCGGUGAUGAUUGAUGAAUAUAUAAAUCUUCCCUAAUCCCCAUGCCUUUGAGUCACCUGAGUUUGAUUAUAGUGCUAAUCCUCCUGAGCUUGCCCGACACUCACAUAUAAAUUAACUAGCCAGUUUAUAUAGGUAGUAGCAUCUGAAACAGCUAGCGAUGGGAAUCAAGGCGGUAUCCUUCCUCCUCUUGGCCUUUGUAAUUUUCGCUUUUGCAGAGUCCUCCAAACCUUUGGAUGCAGCUUUACACGACAACAAUUCACAUAUGAUAGCCACCGCCACCGCCACCACCAGGAAGCUGCUUCUUUCGCCAGCUGGAACACAAGUGCGACCAACGUCCUACCAAGAAUGCGGGACCUACGGUUAUUGUUGUCUUUACGAUCCGGUUUACAACUAUUGUCCCAAGUGCUGCCGCAGACCACCGACGGAGGAUACUUCGUCGCCGGAGAUUAACGGAACCACUGCAGCAAAGAAAUCAGAUAAGCAAGAGACGGCUCCGUCCAGCGCGACAGACAAACCAACCGAGCCAAAAAAUUAAAGAAAGGAAUACCAUAGUAGUAUGUACGUACCCUGUCAUACAACAAAUAAACAGUGGUUACAAAACAGACUAUGCUGGUUAAGUUGAGUUUUUUUUUUUCUUCCUC